UGUCUUUCUAAACCCAAUACUUUCUCUCUCUUCAUUUAUAGACCCCAAACUUCUCUCUUCACUUAUAUACCAUGGCUGCCUGCUAUCGUUUUCCCCAUUGCCCCUCUCUCUCUCCUUCAGUGGAGUUAAACCAUUACGUCUCUUGAUUUAUCUCUUCACACUGGAUUUGCAGACCACUCAUUUACAUUUCGCAGCAUUUUAAACAGAACAAGAAUCACUUAUUCACCAUUGAACCUGUGAUUUUUGGGAUUUAUAAGCAAUCCAACCCAGGAUGAGUUUGAUUUCAAGAUUUGGGUGUCAAUUCUCAAAUCGGUUUUGCAGGAAUGCUGGUAAGUUCACUCCCAUGACUUCAAAGUGGGUAAGGUCUGAUCAGGUCAUGCAUUAUAGCAGUGCUCCAUUAAAGGAAGAGAAAGACGAAGAAGAGGUGAUAAUAGCCCAGAGACGACUCCCAGCUGAUUAUGAUCCAGAAAAUUUUGACCCCACCGAGCAUAGAGGCCCACCCACUGAUCAGGUCAUGCAUUAUAGCAGUGCUCCAUUAAAGGAAGAGGAAGACGAAGAAGAGGUGAUAAUAGCCCAGAGACAACUCCCAGCUGAUUAUGAUCCAGAAAAUUUUGACCCCACCGAGCAUAGAGGCCCACCCACUGAUAGGGUUUUUAGGCUCGUUGAUGAAAUAUCUGGUCUCACAUUGUUUGAGGUUUCAGAGCUCUCUGAAAUCAUGAUGAAAAAGCUUGGAAUGAAAGAGAUUUUAGGCUCGUUGAUGAAAUAUCUGGUCUCACAUUGCUUGAGGUUUCAGAGCUCUCUGAAUCAUGAUGAAAAAGCUUCGAAUGACAGAGAUGCCAGUUAUUGGCAUGAUGAAAGCUGGAAUGGGUCUUCCUGCUAUGCCUGAUAUGGGUUCAGGGAGUGCAGCCAAGGAAGAGGGGAAGAAGCCAGAAAAAACUGUUUUUGAAUUGAGGCUUAAGAGCUAUGAAGCUGCCUCGAAGAUCAAGGUCAUCAGAGAAGUUAGGUCAUUUACUGAUUUGGGCCUUAAAGAAGCUAAGCAUUUGGUAGCGAAAAUCCCUUUUGUUAUCAAAAGAGGGGUUUCCAAGGAAGAGGCCGAACAGAUUAUCGAGAAAUUGAAGGAUUGUGGUGCAAAAGUUGUCAUCGAAUAAAUUACAUGGGUGCUGUUUCUAUGUUUUCUCUGUAUUUUUUGUUCUCUGCCCUAGUCUCAGUUGGUGAUGGUGUCUAUGUGAAGAGGAAAGAGAAUGCAAGCUCUAAUGGUGAGGAUCCGAAGAGAGAGCAGUAGGAGAGAGAAUGAGGGGAGAGAGAUGGGAAACAUGAAGAGAGAGAGCAGUGGGAGAGAGA